CUAAUGUAACGGGAAAAUAGUUUGUCGCUCCAUCAAAUGUUUGGACAUUAGUCGAUACCCCUUCAUAUAUUUUGAAUAGCUCAAAUAAAGGAAUCCUAACCUCUUUCUUCUCCAAGGCACAUUGAAAUUAAACAUAUAAAAAGCAAACCGAGUUUAUGUAUAUUUGCAUAUUUAAGCCAAAAUUGGCAAGUAGUAUGAUAGUAUAAUAGAGUGAGAGAAAAAUUAAUGGACACUACUUGGAUUUUGUUUGCGACACCAAUUUUCCUGUGCACUUUGAUCCUCUACUACAGAAACAGGCUUAGUCUUAAGCUCAAAUCAAAACACGGAAAUCAGCUUCCACUAGGCUCUCUUGGAUGGCCUUUUAUUGGUGAAACCAUAGAUUUUGUUUCUUGUGCUUACACCGAUCGGCCUGAAAGCUUCAUGACCAAGCGACGCACCAUGUAUGGUAAGGUGUUCAAGUCACACAUAUUUGGAAGCCCAACCAUUGUUUCAACAGAUGCAGAUGUGAACAAGUUCAUACUACAAAGUGAUGCAAAGGUUUUUGUUCCUUCUUAUCCUAAGUCAUUGAUGAAGUUAAUGGGAGAAUCUUCUAUUUUGCUCAUCAAUGGAACCUUACAAAGGAGAAUACAUGGACUUAUUGGAGCUUUCUUCAAGUCUCAACAGUUAAAGAUUCAGAUUACCACAGAUAUGGAGAAAUAUGUUCAAGAAUCAAUGGCAAAUUGGAAAGAGGACCAGCCUAUAUACAUACAAGAUGAAACAAAAAAGAUUGCAUUUCAUGUACUAGUCAAGGCAUUGAUUAGUUUGGAUCCCGGUGAAGAAAUGGAGUUUCUAAUAAAACAUUUUAAGGAAUUUAUAUCUGGCCUCAUGUCUUUGCCAAUAAGCCUACCAGGAACAAAACUUUAUCAAUCUUUACAGGCAAAAAAGAAAAUGGCGAAAUUAGUGAGAAAAACUAUCGAAGCUAGAAGAAAUAAAGGUGUCACGGAAGUUCCAAAAGAUGUAGUAGAUGUGCUUCUUAAUGAUACAAGUGAGAAAUUGACUGAUGAUUUAAUAGCCGAUAAUAUUAUUGAUAUGAUGAUUCCCGGAGAGGACUCAGUUCCAAUUCUUAUGACUCUAGCUACUAAGUACCUAUCAGAAUGCCCCGAUGCUUUGCAACAAUUGACGGAGGAAAAUAUAAAGAUUAAGAAACUCAAAGAUCAGCUUGAGGAGCCAUUGUGUUGGAGUGAUUACUUAUCAUUGCCAUUUACUCAAAAAAUUAUAACAGAAACUUUGAGGAUGGGAAAUAUUAUAAAUGGUGUUAUGAGAAAGGCCUUAAAAGAUGUUGAAAUAAAAGGGUAUAUAAUACCACAAGGAUGGUGUGUGUUUGCAAAUUUUAGAUCAGUUCAUCUAGAUGAGAAAAACUAUGACUGUCCAUAUCAAUUCAAUCCAUGGAGGUGGCAAGAAAAAGACAUGAACUUGAACAGUAACAAUUUCAGUCCUUUUGGAGGGGGACAAAGGCUGUGUCCUGGUAUUGACUUGGCCAGGCUAGAAGCUUCCAUCUAUCUACAUCACCUUGUUACUCAAUUUAGGUCAUACAAUCCUAUUAUGCAUGCAUUUUUAUGUUCACUUGAAGAAUUUAUCCCAGCUAGUUUCAGACUUUUGAUUAAAGUUAAAAAACAUAAUGCAAUGACAAUUAGACAUCUUAAAUAUAAUGUUUGACAUGCAGAUGGUAUGCUGAAGAAGAUACAAUAGUGAACUUCCCAACAGUAAGAAUGAAAAGAAGGAUGCCCGUCUUGGUAAAAAGAGUGGAAAUUUAAGCUGUCUUAGAUCAAAAAAGUAUGAAGCCACUUCUACAUAUUCAUAUAGUACAGCAAGUAUAUGAAAAAUACACAAGACAGAAUAAAACCCUACAUAUGGAUACCCUUUAAUUAGUAUACUCUCUAGGUUUAGAUACUUUUGGUGUUGUUCUUUACUUAAAGUAUUCAUAACUACUUCAAAUCCAUAAUUUUCUCAAAUUUAUUGUAUAACCAAUUUUCUCACAUUUAUUAUUUCAAUCAUUCCAAUAACUG